AUGUCUCCGAAUACACAAACUCCCGAUGAGGUCUUCCGGGAUUCUUCCGUACCGGCCGACUCCAAGAUUGAUCAUGCCGCUUCGAUCAGGUACUGGAGCAGUCUUCCAAGCACUACUAGCAAUAUGUUGGGCAUGCUUGGCACCUACCCAUGGUAUUCACGCAUUGAAUUGCAAGGGUCCAAAAAUUUCUUGAAUAAAGUUCGGCGUCUUUCACCUAUGCUUCCAACCGAGGGCAAAUUCAACCUCGGAGUCGAUUGCGGUGCUGGUGUGGGACGUGUCACUGAGGGGUUUCUGCAGCAUGUCUGCACGGUGGUAGACGCGGUAGAACCGGUGCAAAAGUUCACCCAAGUCAUCCAAGAGGGACAACUCAAGAAAGACGGCGUUAUUGGAGACAUCUAUACCCUCGGUCUGGAGAAUUGGUAUCCGGAGAAGAAAUACGACUUGAUCUGGACUCAAUGGUGUGUGGGUCAUCUCACAGAUUCGCAACUGGUUCAAUACGUGUCACGGUGCCGGGAUUCGUUAACAGAAGGUGGAAUCAUGGUGAUCAAAGAAAACUUAUCCACACAUCCUGGCGAUCAAGACAUGUACGACGAUGAGGACAGCAGCGUGACAAGGACGGACGCGAAAUUCAAGCAGAUCUUUAACGAGGCUGGAAUGGAAGUGAUCAAGUCGGAGAUUCAGACGGGAUUUCCGAAACAAUUCAAGCUCCUUCCUGUCAAGUCUUACGCGUUACGACCGAAAAUCUGA